AUGAAGAUGACCUCGAAGAUGCUGCCGUGGCUGGAGGAGCAGCAGUUGACCUUGCUGCCGUGGCUGGAGGAGGAGCAGUUGACCUUGCUGCCGUGGCUGGAGGAGGAGCAGCAGUUGACCUUGCUGCCGUGGCUGGAGGAGGAGCAGCAGUUGACCUUGCUGCCGUGGCUGGAGGAGGAGCAGCAGUUGACCUUGCUGCCGUGGCUGGAGGAGGAGCAGCAGUUGACCUUGCUGCCGUGGCUGGAGGAGGAGCAGCAGUUGACCUUGCUGCCGUGGCUGGAGGAGGAGCAGCAGUUGACCUUGCUGCCGUGGCUGGAGGAGGAGCAGCAGUUGACCUUGCUGCCGUGGCUGGAGGAGGAGCAGCAGUUGACCUUGCUGCCGUGGCUGGAGGAGGAGCAGCAGUUGACCUUGCUGCCGUGGCUGGAGGAGGAGCAGCAGUUGACCUUGCUGCCGUGGCUGGAGGAGGAGCAGCAGUUGACCUUGCUGCCGUGGCUGGAGGAGGAGCAGCAGUUGACCUUGCUGCCGUGGCUGGAGGAGGAGCAGCAGUUGACCUUGCUGCCGUGGCUGGAGGAGGAGCAGCAGUUGACCUUGCUGCCGUGGCUGGAGGAGGAGCAGCAGUUGACCUUGCUGCCGUGGCUGGAGGAGGAGCAGCAGUUGACCUUGCUGCCGUGGCUGGAGGAGGAGCAGCAGUUGACCUUGCUGCCGUGGCUGGAGGAGGAGCAGCAGUUGACCUUGCUGCCGUGGCUGGAGGAGGAGCAGCAGUUGACCUUGCUGCCGUGGCUGGAGGAGGAGCAGCAGUUGACCUUGCUGCCGUGGCUGGAGGAGGAGCAGCAGUUGACCUUGCUGCCGUGGCUGGAGGAGGAGCAGCAGUUGACCUUGCUGCCGUGGCUGGAGGAGGAGCAGCAGUUGACCUUGCUGCCGUGGCUGGAGGAGGAGCAGCAGUUGACCUUGCUGCCGUGGCUGGAGGAGGAGCAGCAGUUGACCUUGCUGCCGUGGCUGGAGGAGGAGCAGCAGUUGACCUUGCUGCCGUGGCUGGAGGAGGAGCAGCAGUUGACCUUGCUGCCGUGGCUGGAGGAGGAGCAGCAGUUGACCUUGCUGCCGUGGCUGGAGGAGGAGCAGCAGUUGACCUUGCUGCCGUGGCUGGAGGAGGAGCAGCAGUUGACCUUGCUGCCGUGGCUGGAGGAGGAGCAGCAGUUGACCUUGCUGCCGUGGCUGGAGGAGGAGCAGCAGUUGACCUUGCUGCCGUGGCUGGAGGAGGAGCAGCAGUUGACCUUGCUGCCGUGGCUGGAGGAGGAGCAGCAGUUGACCUUGCUGCCGUGGCUGGAGGAGGAGCAGCAGUUGACCUUGCUGCCGUGGCUGGAGGAGGAGCAGCAGUUGACCUUGCUGCCGUGGCUGGAGGAGGAGCAGGUGUGUUAG